GUCUCCGUCGCUUCCUCUGAGAUGCGAGCGCUUGUGUUUAUGAGCGACGUCCGCGUUCAGGUUUUCUUGCUUGAUCGUCUGUGACCGCAUUCAACUUUAAUCAUGGGAAAGAAGACGAUUCCUGAACUCAUCCAAACAGGCCUGGACUUCUUCGAGUUUUUGAAGGAAACCGAGCGAACAUCUGUCAAGGACAGAUUCCAGCUUAAGGAAAUUUACAACUCCGAGUUCAGGAUGAGAAACCAAGGUAUCACAGACGCAAACUUCUGUUCAGUCAUUUACGCCCUGAAAGUGUCCUACAAAAUAACAGUACGAAAGGGCAACGUCAACUUCAAAUCCUCGGUCACAUCGCUCUUUGUGGACCAGUGGUCCAGUCCCAGUCCCGGUCCCGGUCCCAGUCCUCGUCGGCCGCGGCCGGUGCCGAACGGAGCGUCCAGUCCUGCGUUCGUGCAGGGCACCACAUCUGCAGACGAAGCAGAAACAGGAGUGAGGGCGCGGAGGAGAAUGGCCAGUCUCCUAAUGAACAAGCUGAAGACAAACCGGGCUGAGUUUAUCGCUGACAAACACGGGGUCCUCAUCACCUCGGACCCCCCCGCUGACGACGGGAAGCUGUCCGUGUGCGUGGAGGCCUCGUAUGAGUAUGUGAUAACUCUGAAUGUGAAAAACACUGGAACCAAACCUGUGCACUUCACCUACUACACCCCACUGCACUGGCUCAAAUACAUCACUCUAUCAGACCAGCACAAAGUCACCAAAGCAAACCCGCUGUCACUGCAACCAGGCGACACCUACAACGUCCAGGUUCGCUUCAGCUGCAGCUCGGUGGGCUUCUUCCCCGCUACGCUGGCCUUCGAAUUCAAGGCGGACCUGCAGACCUUCCACAUUGUGCGCUUCAUGGAGGUCCAGUUCAUGACCGCCCUAGGACGCGAGCUGGCUCCGGUUGCACCCUACAGACCCCGCGCUCUCCCAGCAUGGGAUCCCGCAGCUGAAAGCAGCUGCGAGAUCGUGGACGGGCAGCGACCCGAAGGCCAGUCAGUGUUGCAGCUCGAACUUGUGGUUCCACUGAAAAAGUAUAAAAUACCACCGUACAUGAACCAGCUCAUCGCCUUAUUGAAGGAGUGCCCCAACUUCCACGACAACAGGAAGAACGUGCUGGAGAGUCCUUUGAGCUGGGAGAAGUACGCUGAGAAGUUCCAGAUGCUGCUGCACCUGGAGGAGCUUCAGAUGGAGGUGGACAUCAGACGGUACAACAUUCCUAACCAGGACAGAGAGUUCGUUGUCAUGACCAAAGACCCGAUCAACAAGAAACUUCUUAUUAUGGAGGUCCCCGGCGUGUCUGAGAACCGGCCGUCCGUGCUGCGGGGCGAUGAGCUGCUGGUGUGUCCUGCGGGAGAGAAGGGGGUGAAGUACCGCGGCUACGUGCACCACGUGAUGCAGGACCGCAUCAAGCUGGGCUUCAGUUCAAAGUUGCUUGACGUGUUCGUGGAGAACAUGAAGUUCAACGUGGAGUUCAUCAUCAACCGCCUGACUCUGCGCAUUCAGCACAGGGCGGCGGAGAUGGCGCACGCGUUCCGGCUGCAGAAGGUGCUGUUUCCUGCCGCGUCGGACCCGUCCCCCCUGCAAACGGAUCCCCCCAAGCUCAGGCUCUUCGACAUGAAGCUAGAGAGGAACCCGGAGCAGUAUCGCGCCGUGCAGCACAUCGUGGCUGGCUCGUCUAAACCCGCCCCCUACCUGGUGUUCGGCCCUCCGGGAACAGGCAAAACGGUGACUCUGGUGGAGGCAAUCAAGCAGAUAGAGAAGACGCAGGACCACUGCCGCAUCCUGGCCUGCGCUCCCUCCAACAGCGCUGCCGACCUGCUCUGCACGAAGAUCCUGGAUCACGUGGACGAGUUCAAAGUGCAUCGCAUGUACGCCAGCAGCCGCGACCCAGCAACGGUCCCUGAGCGUCUAAAGGCCUGCUCUAACCUCGUAGGGGACUGCUACGUUUUUGCUCACAAAGAGAAGCUGAUGAAGUACAAGGUCAUCGUUACCACCCUGCUAACAGCCGGGAGGCUGGUCUCGGGAGGAAUUCCUGCAGGACAUUUCACUCACAUAUUUGUGGACGAGGCCGGUCACGCAGUGGAAACGGAAUGUCUAGUCCCACUGUCAGGGCUCCUGGAUGUAGAGUCUGGUCAGGUUGUUUUGGCUGGAGACCCCAAGCAGCUCGGACCCAUCCUCAGGUCCCCCUUUGCACAGAAGUACGGCCUGGGAGUGUCGCUGUUGGAACGGAUGAUGACCCAGUUCUCUGUGUAUCAGAAGGAUGAGGGUGUGUUAAACAGUCGCUUUGUCACCAAACUGCUGUGUAACUACAGGUCCCAUCCUGCCAUCCUGAAGGUUCCCAACGAGCUCUUCUACGACGGGGAGCUGCAGGCAUGCGCAGAUGAAAUUUUACGCAACUCUUACUGUGGAUGGGAACAUCUUCCUAAGGAGGCGUAUUCCACAGGGAACUUCCCGGUGAUCUUCCAUGGGGUCACUGGUCGUGAUGAGCGUGAGGCCAGCAGUCCUUCGUUCUUCAACGUCGCAGAGGUGGAGGUGCUCAUGGAUUACGUGAGGAAACUGCUGCAGACGCACGGCAAGAAGCGCCUGGCGACCAUUUCGCCCAGCGACAUUGGCAUCAUUGCUCCCUACAGGAAACAGGUGCAAAAAAUCCGCAAGGCUCUAGAAAAAAUUGGGAAGGAAUUCAGAUACUCUAACAUGAAUAGCCUUAAGGUUGGCUCAGUGGAGGAGUUCCAAGGUCAGGAGAGGAGGGUGAUCUUGGUGUCGACGGUUCGCAGCAGCCCCGAUUAUGUGGAGAUGGACAAGAAGUUCAACCUGGGCUUCGUUAAGAACGAGAAGAGGUUCAACGUGGCUGUGACUCGAGCCAAAGCCCUGCUGAUUGUGGUCGGAAACCCCGUAGUGCUGAGCGCGGACUCUACCUGGGCACACUUCAUCACGUACUGCAAAGACGAAGGCGGCUACACCGGCUUCCUGCCCUCUGAGGAAGACGUCGACGACGUUGCUUUACGACUUUCCGCUCUCUACGUCACCAUUCAAGAGUCCUUCACUUUAGAGACUGCAGAGAGCGCUGUUCAGCAGCACUUACACCUAGAGUGGAGGAGUGAUCUGUGAGGAAGAGAAGAGCUGAAAGGUCCCUUGAAGAAACCGAUCCAGCCUUUACUUUGAUAACGGUCCAAAUCAGCCUAGACAAAGGUUCAUUAUGUUUGCAUUAAGGUUUCCUAGAAGGGCUCACUGGCACUUUACCACAAUACAGGCACAUUCACAACAGGCCAAAAUAUCUUAAUCAGGUACAGUAUUUGUUCUUAACCAGAGAUAUGAAAAGAAGGACAGGUGAGAGUAUGUAGAGACCAAUUCCUCAGGAGCAGCACAAACCACACUUGACCAAAAGUGUCAUCCAAAGAACUGGUACAGCAUUUUCUAAAGUUGGCUGUAUAUUUUCCUCUUGAGUCAUCACAUUAUGAUGAACUCAUUCACUGAAAAGGUUUUAUAAAGUUUUGAUCUAUUAAGUCUUUGUAACUUAAAAAAUAUAAAUGAGGUUCUAAACUUAAAGAGGUGUGACCUACAUUUUUGCAAAAUGUUCUGUUCCACCUCUGUUCAGUCAUGAUUUGUACCUAACAAAUAAAAAUCCCAUCAAGAUGCUGUAAUAAACUGAAAACCUCA